UUCCCCCCCUCUUCUCGGGCCCCGUCCGGCCCGGAGUGAUGAUAGACUUGGACGGCGCACCAGCGCACGUUGCAUUCGCCCAUUCACCAUGUCCGCGAGCAACCUCCGCGCGCGCAAGAACGGCGCCGCUAACGGCAACGGCGCCGAGACCAAUGGCCACGCUAAGAACGGUAACGGCAAGGCCGCCGGCACCGUGCUCUCGUACGCGAUUCCGACGGAGUACGGGCAGGCCAUGGACCGCAAGCUCGACACGCACCAGUCGUACGAGUUUGGUGGGCCCGUCGGCGUCAGCGCCAUGAUGAUCGGCUUCCCGCUGCUUAUGUACUACCUCUACGUGUGCCUCUGGUACUAUGACGGCAAGAUGGUGCACCCCUCCUCGGUCGACGACAUCGUCCCCUUCCUCCACCGCAUGUGGGCGCACGUCAAGGACGGCGCGUACCCCACCAAGUUUGCGUGCGGCACGUACCUCGGCCUGACGGCGAUUCAGAUCCUCUUCGCGUGGGUCAUGCCCGGCGUUGAGCAGAACGGCCUCCCCGUCCCGUCGCUCGACUACGCCAUCCUCCCGUACAAGUGCAACGCCCUCGCAUCGUGGUACACCACACUUGUCCUUGCCGCUGUUCUCCACCUCACCGGCCUCUACCGCCUUCCUUGGCUUAUCGAGAACUUUGGCGGCAUCAUGACCGUGGCCAUCUUCACCAGCUUCACAGUCUCGGCCAUCAUCGACAUCCUCGCGCGCACUGUGCACUACGGCGGCGCUCCGCUGCGCAUGAGCGGCGUGUGGGUGUACGACCACUUCAUGGGCGUCUCGCUCAACCCCCGCCUCGGGCCCAUCGACCUCAAGAUGUUCGCCGAGGUGCGCGUGCCCUGGGUCCUCCUCUUCCUCAUCUCGCUCUCGGGCACCGUCAAGCAGUACGAGGACCUCGGCUACGUCACGUACAACAUGUUCCACAUGCUGCUCGCGACCACGCUGUACAUCAACGCGUGCGCCAAGGCUGAAGAGCUUAUCCCUCAGACCUGGGACAUGUUCCACGAGAAGUUUGGCUGGAUGCUCAUCUUCUGGAACAUGGCCGGCGUGCCCCUCACCUACUGCUACCCGGUGAUCUACAUGACGCGCUCCGACCCGGCGACGUACGCCUUCCCCCUCUGGGGCAAGGUGCUCAUGUUUGUGACCCUCAUCACGGGCUACUACAUCUUCGACUCGAGCAUGGCGCAGAAGUCAGCCUUCAAGCUCCAGCAGCAGGGCGAAUACAAGCCCCGUGGCACGUUCCCCACCGUCCCGUGGAGCGUUGUUGAGAACCCCAAGUUUAUCCAGACCAAGCACGGUAACAAGCUUCUCAUCGACGGCUGGUGGCAGUACGCCCGCAAAAUCAACUACACCGCCGACUGGUGCCAGGCGUUCACAUGGGGCGCGACCGCGGGCUUCAACACCCCCAUCACCAUGUUCUAUCCCGUCUUUUUCCUCGCGGUUCUUACGCACCGCUGUGGCCGUGACUUUGAGAAGUGCGCCGCCAAGUACGGCGACGACUGGGUCGAGUACUGCAAGACUGUCAAGUGGCGCUUUAUCCCAUACGUCUACUAAGCUUGCAGCUUGCAAAUGUGGGCGCAUGGUCACAAGCAACGCUCCGAGCGCUGCUAUGAAUGCCCGUGCAGCUCUCGCCUCCCACUCCGUCUCCC